AUGUCUGAGAUCUUAGAUAUUAUCUCUGCAUGUGUUUCUGAGAGAGUGGAGUCACUAGAUUUAAGUUACAAUCAACUUUGGGGUCAGAUUACCGAUCAACUUGGGGAAUUUAAAAGUCUGCAGUUUCUUUAUUUGCAUUAUAACUCCAUUUCUGGUCCUAUUCCAUCUUCUUUAGGAGAACUUUCAUCAUUAGAAGUCCUAGAUAUUUCCUAUAAUCAAUUGAAUGGAACUCUUUCUCAGAUUCACUUUACUAAUCUCACAAGGCUACGCUGGUUUACUGCAAAUGAAAACUCAUUGGUGCUGAAAGUUAGUCCUGAUUGGGUUCCUUCUUUUCAGCUUGAAUAUUUAGUUUUGGGAUCUUGUUAUUUAGGGCUUCGAUUUCCUUCAUGGGUUCACUCACAAAAAUAUUUACAUUCUCUGGAUUUAUCAAAUGCAGGAAUUUCAGAUACAAUGCCUGAGUGGUUUUGGAAAUCUAUCCACCAAUUUGAUUUCAUAAAUCUCUCCAACAACCAAAUCCGCGGGGAGAUUCCGAAUUUUAGUAAGGUCACCAGAUUGCAGUUUCUUGACUUGAGUUCUAAUAAAUUUUCAGGUGUGUUGCCUCUGGUAUCCUCCAGUCUGGUUCAAUUAGAUCUUUCCAAUAAUAGUUUGUCAGGAUCUAUGUCCCACUUUUUGUGUUCUGGGAAAAAUGAGUCAAGGGCAACUCGAAUUCUCAACCUUAGAUAUAAUCUUUUAUAUGGGGAGUUGCCUGAUUGCUGGAUGAAUUUGCAAUCCUUGUCUGUUCUGUAUUUGGGUAACAAUAACUUCAGUGGUGUCCUUCCUGUCUCCAUGGGAACUUUGAUUUCUCUCAAGUCCCUUCAUCUUCGCAAGAACAGCCUCUCUGGAGGAGUGCCUUUAUCUCUUACAAAUUGUGCAGAGUUAAUGGUACUCGAUUUUGGUGAAAAUCAGUUGGUUGGAAAUCUUUCAACAUGGAUUGGGAAUUCUUUUUCAAAUAUGAUGAUUCUAAACCUCCAUUCAAAUAAUUUCCAUGGACUUUUCCCAAUUGAACUUUGCCAGCUUGUGUCUUUACAGAUCCUUGACCUUGCUUACAACAACCUUUCUGGAACAAUACCGAGCUGCAUCAGCAACAUCAUUGCCCUGGUGACAAUAAACUUCUCUGAAAUAGCAAACAGAAUUUAUUAUUCAGAUGUUGAACCAAGCCAGUUUGUUGAAGAUACAUCUGUUGUGGUAAAAGGGAGUAUGUCAGAAUAUCACACCACCCUUAAUCUGGUUAGACUUGUCGACCUCUCUCAUAAUAGUUUCUCAGGCGAGAUACCUGAACAAGUGACAAAUCUGGGAGCAUUGCAAACACUUAAUUUGUCACACAAUUCUUUUACAGGAACAAUCCCUGUGAAUAUUGGUCAUAUGAGAUCACUAGAGACACUUGAUUUAUCUGCAAACUAUCCUUUUGGUGAAAUCCCAGAGAGUAUGUCAAAUUUGACAGCUUUGAGCAGCUUGAACUUAUCCAACAACAACUUGAUUGGGGAAAUUCCUUCAAGCACUCAACUGCAAAGCUUUGAGGCCUCUUCUUUUAUUGGCAAUGAACUUUGUGGACCUCCGCUUCAGAGUUGUACUAUGAUUGUUCCAAAUCCUGAGUACGAAAAUAGAAAUCGCAAUGAGCAUGAAGUUGACUGGUUCUAUGUGAGCAUGACACUCGGAUUUGUGUUAGUUUCCAUUGCAACCAUCAACAUUGGAUUCUGCAAUGGAAGCUCUUUUCUAGGCUGCAUACAAAGUGACAGAGAAGCACUUUUAAGAUUCGAAGAUGACCUCAUAGAUCCCGCCAAUCGGCUUGGCUCUUGGAAAGGUGAUGGAGACUGCUGUGCAUGGGCUGGCGUUGUUGGUGACAACUUGACACACCAUGUUCUUGAGCUCAACCUUAGAAAUCCUGAUUUGAAAGAUUAUGCAUCUGAUGCUUAUUAUGAUGUUUUCAUUGAAUAUGUUGCAUACCGGAGGUUAAAGUUGAGCGGCAAGAUAAAUCCCUUUUUGCUUGAUUUGAAGCAUUUGGUUUCCUUGGACUUGAGCGAUAAUGAUUUUGAAGGAAUUCAGGCUCCCGGAUUUCUUGGUUCAAUGGAGAAAUUAGGGUAUCUUAAUCUCUCUUACAACGGAUUCCAUGGGAGGGUUCCACACCAACUUGGAAAUCUGUCCAAUUUGCAGUAUCUUGACCUCUGUGGUAACUUGUCUGUAUACAUUGAGAAAUUUUGGUGGUUGUCUCGUCUUUCAUCAUUGAAGUAUCUGGAUUUGGAUUCAAAGGGUCUUAGAAAAGUCUAUGAUAAUUGGUUGGAGGUGAUAAAUACACUCCCUUCUCUUAUGGUUUUACGAUUGCCCUCUUGUCAACUUGGUCAUUUUGCUCCUAUAACCAGUGCAAAUUUUUCAUCUCUGACCGAACUUGAUCUUUCUUACAACCAAUUGAACACUUCGAUUCCUUCUUGGGUUUUUUGUCUUGGUAAUUUAGUAUACCUUAAUUUCAGAUCUAAUGAUUUCCAAGGUCCGACUGCCACUAGACUUCAAAACUUGACUUCUCUUAAGUUUCUUGAUUUAUCUCUGUUGUAA